GGGGAAUGCGAGUUGAAUAUCACGCAUGCGCAGUAGCGUACCGGCGACGGCUGUACAAAACGGUGGCCUAGUGAAGCAGAGGAUUACGGAGCUCAAGUUGACAGGCUUCACAAUGAGUCAGGGUAAGGACAAUGCACGACUCAAGAGCUACAAGAACAAGUCUCUCAACACAGAUGAAAUGCGAAGAAGGAGGGAAGAGGAAGGUCUACAGCUCCGUAAACAGAAGAAGGAUGAACAGUUGUUCAAGAGGAGGAACGUUGCCACGGUGGAGGAUGACGGCAACCUGGAGGAAGACGGAAUGGCCGACAGCGGCUACCUGGAGUCCCAGGCUAACAACAUGGACCCACUCAUGGGCGGGGCGAUCUCUGAAGAUAUGACUCAGAUGAUCUUUUCCAGUUCCCCUGAGCAACAGCUAAUAGGCACUCAACGCUUUAGGAAACUUCUUUCUAAAGAACCCAACCCACCCAUUGAUGAAGUCAUUGCCACUUCAGGGGUGGUGGAGCGCUUUGUUGAGUUCCUGAAGAGGAGAGAAAACUGCACAUUGCAGUUCGAAGCUGCGUGGGUGUUGACCAACAUUGCAUCAGGUACAUCCCACCAGACACGGGUGGUGAUCCAGGCAGGCGCUGUGCCCAUAUUCAUAGAGAUGCUCUGCUCUGAUUUUGAAGACGUGCAGGAACAAGCGGUGUGGGCCUUGGGGAACAUAGCAGGAGAUAGCACAGAAUGCAGAGACUUUGUCAUAGACUGCAACAUCCUACCUUCCUUGGUGCAGCUAUUGGCCAAACAGAAUCGUCUAACAAUGAUGAGGAACGCAGUGUGGGCGCUCUCGAACUUGUGCAGAGGAAAGAACCCACCUCCAGACUUCGCAAAGGUGUCCCCAUGUCUCAGCGUGCUGUCUUGGCUGCUGUUCGUCAAUGACACGGACAUCCUGGCUGACGCAUGCUGGGCUCUCUCCUACCUAUCCGAUGGCCCCAAUGACAAAAUCCAGGCUGUUAUUGACUCAGGCGUCUGUCGCAGGCUGGUGGAGUUACUUAUGCACGCUGAUUAUAAGGUGGUGUCCCCUGCUUUGCGAGCUGUUGGGAACAUAGUCACUGGAGAUGAUCUACAGACACAGGUGAUCCUGAACUGCUCCGCGCUGCAGUCCCUCCUUCACCUCCUGAGCAGCCCCAAGGAGUCGAUCAAGAAGGAAGCCUGCUGGACGAUCUCCAACAUCACUGCAGGGAACCGAGCACAAAUACAGAUGGUAAUAGAUGCAGGUCUGCUGCCUCCUCUCAUCUCUAUCCUGCAAGUAGCAGAGUUUCGCACAAGAAAGGAGGCGGCGUGGGCCAUCACCAAUGCCACCUCGGGGGGCUCCGGAGAGCAAAUCAGGCACUUAGUGGAGCUGGGCUGCAUAAAACCUUUGUGUGACCUGCUCACGCUCAUGGACUCCAAAAUAGUCCAGGUGGCUCUAAACGGCCUGGAAAACAUCUUGCGACUGGGAGAACUAGAGGCCAAGAGAGGCGGAGGCAUCAACCCAUAUUGUGCACUCAUUGAAGAGGCCUACGGUCUGGACAAGCUGGAGUUCCUGCAGGGCCACGAGAACCAGGAAAUCUACCAGAAGGCGUUCGACCUGAUCGAGCGCUACUUCAACACAGAAGACGAGGACCCGUCUCUGGCUCCGGCUGUCGACCUGCAGCAGCAGCAGUUCCUCUUCCAGCAGUGCGAGGCCCCAAUGGAAGGUUUUCAGCUAUAAUGCUGAACGCUGCCUCUCUCCCCCGUGCUCCACCUUCAUCCUCACCUCUGCUCAUUCCUCUCGCUCUCUGCCCACUGCCAUGAUCAAGGGCGACGACGGCCCUCGGCGAUCGAUUUUAAAUCAUUGUCAUGAUUAUGAAAAAUGUUAGCAUUACAGGAGCACGUGUGUGUGUGCGCGUACGUCCAACGUGGGUCAAGUUCCUGCAGUCUUGUCAGCCAGUUUGUGAAAGGUUUCAUUCAUUCCGUCUCGCGCCGAGCUCAACUCUGCGCCUGAUUCCUCGACACCCAAAGCCCUCCUAUCUGCUCAGGCCCCAGCAUAGUCUACUAGCAGAUUUUCCCUGUAACAUGUCCCCUGUCUUACUUUUUGGAUUCGCUCCCCAGCUCAUCCCAAAUGAAAGGCACCUCUCAGUGUUCCCGUAGGAUGGCGAUCCCCACCUGAGUCGGUGGGAGUUUUAGGACUGCUGCUCUGCUUGUGUGAUUGAAGCAUUAAUGACUCGCAAGACAGACAAGACGGACAUGGACGUGAUCUUUAACCCCCCUGAUCCCACACAGAAGAAUGAUCGAACCUAAACACUGGACUGACCACGAGACGCUGACCAUACGUUUAGCUGUGGUCACAGGACUGGACUGCCCACAGCCGGGGGCCACGUGGCCAGUUUGAAUCCCCAAGACUCAACUGACAAAAAGGCACUUAAAACGACAUUUUAGAAAAUAUGGAGGUCCUUUUCCGGCCAUUGGAUAAGUGACCACAGAUGGACAAAUCAGGAACUCGACUGUGUUGCUGAGGGGUGGAGCUUGUCGGUCACACGCCAGACUGCUUUGCGUUCCACCCUGGAUCUCAUGUCAUACAUUCCUCUAUCCAGUAAUGGGACUUUCCCACCUGCACAGGCUCCAUCCUUGAAGCGUUUAGACUGCCUCCUGCCUCUGGUGUGUAAUGAAAACCCCAUGGAACCAUGGGAAUUGGAGUCUUCCCUCGCACUGAGACAAUUGAACAGACUUGGACAAGACAAAAAACAGACUAUUUAACCUUGGGAUUCUGUCCAGCAGCGAACCAUCAGGAUUUUUUAUUACCUUAAAAUAAUUUCAUUUAAUUUGCUGCACUUUAGUUCAGGACUGAUGCCUCGUUGAGAAUAUACCGUAGUUUUUACAUUAACUAUUUAAUUGGUCGAUGACGCCGCUCUUCCCCUCCCUCAGGAAGCGAAGUGAAGAGAGGUGCGGCCUGUGUCUUUAGUCCCCUUCUGGUAUGACGAAGAUAACAAUGUUCUUCACUGUUUACCCUUCACACAAAAGGGACUCAAGCAGAUUGUGGACUAAAACUGUUUAGCACACUAAUUACAAUCAGUAGAUCGUACUGCCUCAGCAUGGCUACAACAACUUUGUUGUGACAAAGUUAAUCAAUCAUUUUUCUUUUCCUUUUUUUCUUUCUGAAAAUUGGAUGUUUAGGUUAAUGUCUGUUAUCUUGCUGAUGGUGCCAUAAUCCUCACUCAACAGAAAUCCUCCCUGACAAUUUCAACAACAAAAAAAUCCAGAUUAAAACUUGAAAAGACUGGGGAUAAUCUUAGUUAGUUCAAUUGAAUGUUUGUUUACCAAGUCCUCUUUACAUUGCUUACUUUUUGUCGAAAAAAUCUCAGCAAGAGAUGUCCAGCUCUGUGUUCAUGACUGUCUGUUUGUUGAAUUGAGUUUGUGCACCUGUCCCCUGUUAUGCCAUUUGCAUAAAAGCCGUUUCAUGUA